CGUGUCCGGAUCUUCACGUGGGAACUGACAGUCAGGCAAUGUUAUUCUGCGAUUCUUUGUUUUGAUUCAGCAACAUAAAUUCCUGCUGUACCGUAAACUAUUGUUGCCGUUUCGAGAAGGGUAUUUAUCGCAGGAUUGCAAAUUUUGUAAUCUAUGAUACAGAGUACUAUCUCCUGAGAGAACAUGACUGAAGCUUUCAGUAGCAAUAGUGAGGCAGUUAUUCAUCGCACCGUGAAUGUGUCCACCACCACAACAGACUACCAAACUGGAAGUCUGGUGGAGCGCUAUCAGAUAACUGAAACUUGUCAUUUUGUCACUAGUAAUCAUUUCAAAAAGGUAGCCCUACAGUUUCCAGAUGAUCUCCUGUCUGAUGCCGUCCAAAUCUCUGCUGAUAUAGAGAAAGAAACAAAAGCAAAGACAUUCAUUUUAGGAGACACAUCCUAUGGCAGCUGUUGUGUGGAUGAAGUAGCAGCAGAGCAUGUACGAGCGGACUGUAUAGUGCAUUAUGGGCCGUCGUGCCUUAGCCCAAGUCGACGACUACCCCUUCUGUAUGUAUUCGGAAAGAGACCUAAUGAUGUCCAGCAGUGUGCUGCAGCCUUUAAAGAGCUUUACUCUGACCGCCAAAGUCAUGUCAUCAUUCUUUAUGAUGUCACUUAUUCGCAUGCUAUAGGUGAUCUCAGGCAGCUUUUGUGUGAAAUGUACCCCAAUGUUGUGGUCUCUCUUCUGAAAGCAGAUCAUUCCCAUGGUGCUAAACUGAUACACGACAGCCUUGUGGCCAAUGAACAAUUACAUUCACAAGAUGAUAGAGUUAUAUUUACAUUUGGUAGACAGUUUAGUAUACAAGAGGGACGGAGAAUUGACGAUUAUAGUAUGUUCUACAUUGGCCAGGAGGGCCUGACUCUUACAAACUUUAUGAUGACUUGGAACCGUUGUUCCUUCAGCUCAUUCGAUCCAGUAACGUGCACAGGCCGAGUCGAAUCGAUUAACAUCAACAAGGCACUAAUGAAACGCUAUUAUGCCGUCGAACGGGCCAAAGAUGCCAGUGUGGUGGGAAUUUUGGUAGGCACACUGGGCGUCGCCAACUACCUGACCAUCAUUGAGCAGCUGAAAGACAUCAUUCACAAAGCAGGCAAAAAGAGCUACAUGUUUGCUAUGGGAAAGAUCAAUGUCCCCAAGCUAGCUAACUUUUUGGAAAUUGAUGUUUAUGUGCUGGUCGCAUGCCCGGAGAACUCGCUGCUGGAUUCAAGUGAAUUUUAUAGACCUGUGGUGACCCCCUUUGAGAUGGAACUGGCUUGCAAUAAGCACAGAGAAUGGACUGGAGAGUAUGUCACGGAUUUCAGAGAUUUACUGCCUGGUGGAAGCAGUCAUGUGGGUUUACCAGAACCAAACCAGUCUAACAACGAAGAGGAGACCACAGAUGUCUCGCUUAUAACAGGAGCUCUACGGACUACUAAUUUCACCACCUCAUCAGAGAUAAUAAAUGGCACUUUACAAUCCUCUUCACUUGUCCCCAGGAAUGAAACUCUCACUGUGGCUAAUACAAACACUGCAGCUUCAUAUUUGGCUGGCCGUAGUUGGCAGGGACUGGAGCCCAAACUGGGACAGACGGCAGUGGUAAAGGCUGUUGAGGGACGGAGAGGCAUUGCAAUUGCUUAUGAGGAGGAAGGAUUGGGCAAUAGAGACUCUUCAACAAUACCUCACCAACAAUCAUAACACU